UCCCACAGUACCACGAAGAUUCCCAAACUCACCCUUGACGCCGCCCCGAACCAUACACAAACCCCAAGAUUCUUGGAGUCCGCCACGUUUGGACCCAUGGCGACGGCGGCGCGUGCGGUGCACUGCCAGCUGCCGGCGACGAAGCAGGAGGUGGCGAGGAGAGAGCCGGCCGGCCCGGUCCAGGUCUCGGUGCAGAGGCCGAAGCAGGCGGAGCCCGACGGCGGCAACGGGAAGAUCCAGCUGCAGCCUCGGCUGUGCAACUUGAGAUCCUACGGCUCUGAUCCGGUGGGGAUCAUCAAGAGCAAGAGGGUCGGCGGCGGUGGCGAUGCGGUGUCGCCCUUCUUCGAGACGCUUUCGGAGUACAUCGAGAGCUCCAAGAAGAGCCAGGACUUCGAGAUCAUCUCUGGUCGCCUAGCCAUGAUCGUCUUUGCGGCGACGGUGGCGGAGGAGGCGGUGACUGGAAACUCCCUGUUCAGGAAGAUGGAUGUCCAAGGGAUUGCCGAGGCAGCAGGGGUGUGUUUCGGAGCUGUUGCCUGCGCCGCAUUCUUCGCUUGGUUCUCCAGCGCCCGAACCAGCGUGGGCCGCAUCUUCUCUCGCAGUUGCAACACGCUCAUCGACUCCCUUGUCGACCAGAUUGUCGACGGGCUGUUCUACGAAGGCGAGCUCAGUGAUUGGUCCGACGAGAUCUGAAGCAAGGAUUGGACGAUGCAGGAUCAUGUGGAAUUCCGAUAUGAGGUCUCCCAGAAUUCUAAGCCCUUCUCUUGUGUGUGAAAAUUCUAGCUGCUGUAUACCAAGAAAGUUGAAAAGAGACGCAAGAAUGAGAAGUCCAGCUAGGAAUUAGGCGUAUAAUACUAGUAUUAUACGAUACUGAUAAUUCGCUGCGAAGAAUGAGAUUGGCAUGUAAACGAACAGACCGUCGAGGCAGAAUUCGAUGCCGCCUCAAGAGAGCUGGUACUGUAAUCUGAUCUGAUAUGGUUGGGUUGGGUUGGGUUGUAAAAUAGAUUUGAUCAGGUGGUUAGAUAUGUGAACGGCUUGAUUUGCUCUUUUGAGUGUUAAAAAUGGAGGUUAUAGUGCA